AUGGGCACCGCUGCUCCCACAAACACUACCAUCACCGCUGCUCCUGCAAACACUACCAUCACCGCCGCUCCCGCAAACACUACCACCACCGCCACUACCACCACCAGCAGUGUCAUUUCACCAGAUCCUUGCAAAGAAGAUCCCUGUAGCAGUGGUGCUUCGUGUGUGGGUCUGAAUAAUUCAUUCUUUUGCCUGUGUACUGCUGGGUAUUACUAUAAUUCUUCCACAUGCAAUAAAGGAAAGGUUUUCCCUGGAACAAUUAAAGUAAAGGUAUCAGAAACAACUGGCUUGGAAGAUGAAAAGUCGCCGGCCUAUGAAAAGUUAUACAUGGAAAUUAGAACAUUUUUUGCAGAUGCAUUUAAAAAUCCUGAUUAUGGACAGACUGUGAUUCAUAAAGUAAGAACAUCUGCUCCAGCAAGAUCUGAAAUGCGAGCUGGUGACAAGCUGGUUGAUGUAACAGUAGUAAACCUUUUUGCAGAAACUUCAGAAGAAAAUGAGACGACCGUAUCUAACGCAAUUAAUAAAGCAGUUGCAAGCAACCCUACCUUUUCAGACUAUACUAAGGAAAAUCGGUGUGAUUUCUAUGGGUGUGUAAAUGAGCAAGACGGCUGCAGGGAUAUCUUGGUGUGCAAGUGCAAACCGGGGCUGUCAAGACCCAACCCACAGACGGCUCUGUGUCUUGCUUUGGGUCCAAAGUGUCUUGAUACCUGCAAUGCGGAGCACAACAUGCAGUGCCUGGUGCAUAGCAAUGGGAGCUCUGAAUGCAGGUGCCUGCCGGGCUACCAGAAGGACGCCAAGGAGAACUGCCAAGCGUGUGCAUUUGGCUACAGUGGAGUCGACUGUGAAGACCCAUUUCAGCUGAUUCUCACUAUCGUGGGCACCGUUGCUGGCAUCCUCAUUCUUGGCAUGGUGAUUGCACUUAUCUUCCUGAGAUCGAAGACAAAGGGUAUUGAAGAACAGAACCUGAUUGAGGACGACUAUCAUAGUAUGAGAAUGUCGACGACAGGCUUCAGCAAUCUCGGAGCAGAAGGGAGCCUCUUCCCUAAAGUCCGAGCCACCUUCCCCAAGGACAGCCCCAUGCAGAACCCCUACGCACAGAGAAGCAUGCCCCGCCCCGACUAUUAGGGCGGUAAAAAAAUUGGAACCAUCGAUGGCCCUUAACUCAGUGUCUGAGCUUUUACUUUGACUAAGAGACUGAUGGAGCCGUGAAGACCUGGCCUGGUGCUGUUCUUCCAUCUGACAUCCAGCCCCUCUGAGUGGAAGCUGGGGAUGUCUGCAAUGACGACAGCUUGUUUGCUAUUUAAGUCCCUAUGAAAUUAAAUGCACUCAGAUGCUAUUAGCACUUGUAAGACAGUUGAUUUUCUCCAAGCUGUACAAUGGUUAGGGUUUUGUUGUUUGGUAUGUUUUGUUUUUUUUCUCCCUGAUGGGCAACAAUAACCAUUUCCAAUCUAGAGGAAAGUUCCCAAGAUUCUUUACUCCUGGGGAAAUGUUGCUCUUGGGUUGAUAGCCUGCAGAGCAGUGACCCACUUCUGGGAGAUGCUCACACAUCAGCUGUGGAGGUGCCGGCAAAGGAAGAGACACCACCUUUUAAGGUUCUUCUAUCGCUCAGCAGUAGGGAGUGCAUUGCUCUUGAAUUGCCGGAGCUUGUGACAUGGCCUCACCCCUAAGAAGAUGUUUUGGAGGAGUGAUGGAAUGCAGGACCUUUUUGUGAAUUAGAAGGCUUGGACUAGCAGUGUCCAUUGUGGGGUGCAUUUCAGAGUUUUUGAAAUGCCAGUAGGUGAGAGAGGCAGGGAGAAAAGUCAUGACCAGGAGCAGGAGGAACAGAGGCAGAAGGAAGCUGGACUGGGAGAUGAGUGAGGACAAGGUGCAGGGGUGGCCUCGUCCUUAGAUUCCCCUCCUCGGUGAGCAAAUGGGCACUUCCUCUAAUGCAGCCCCGACCCAAGGCCCAGAGCCUAGGGAAAGGUGUGGAGACAAAAACCCCAGGAGCAAGAGCUUAAAGUCACUUUGAAAUGGCAGACCUUCUGUCUGGCUGAUGGUGGGACAGGGAGCUUGUGCUCUGGGUCCAGAUGUCCAGCCUUGUGAUGCCGGUUCCACAGGCACCUCACGGAGGCCUCCGCCUUCCCUGGCGACAGAGGCCGCGCUGUGGCCACCGCACACCCAAGAAGCCACAUCCAGCACGGGCUUUCUUUCAUGUCAAGAGUGUCCUUAUUUAUGUCUAAUGUCUGGUCCCCUUGCAAGUUAUUUUUAUUUGUUGUUACUAUUAUUUGUUGUCGACUGUUCAUGUGAAAGGU